AUGUCAAUAAGGACACCCACGCAGCCUUAUGAAGAGGCCCAUGUGGCAAAGAACUCAGGCCUCCUGCCAACAGCCAUUGCCAAGAAACUGUUCUCCCCAACACAAGUAAAAUUCUUCCAGGAACAGAGAGUGUUAGUUGUACCAGUGGAGAAGAAACUCAUGGAUGUCAAAAUAAAGGAUCUGCCAAACUGGAUACUGACGCAAGAUUUCACCCCCAAAGGCACCAUCAGAGCGUUUCAAAGAGGUUACUACCAGUAUGACAACAAGUAUGUCAAUAUAAACAAAGGGAGCACCCUUGGGGUUUCUAUAGUGCUGGAAGCUGACGUGCUUUUCAACUACUGCGUUUCUUACAAGGAACUCAAACAUGAACAGCUACGCAAGAACCACUGA